GAAUCGCCUGUGAAGGAGACCAAUCAGGAAUAACGAUUAUUUAGAGCAGGAGGAAUCCGUUGUGUGCCAGAGUCCAAUUGCGGAGCCUCGAGUACAGAAACCAGAGUGAAUGUUUCAAUUUAUUACCAAUGUGUUCUGCACGACCAGGCUGCCCCUCAUAAACGAGUCACUUACAGGUGAUCCGAUCGGGCUCCUGGUACUGUCCAAUAGCCAACAGAAUUGUGGCCAUCGACAUCAGAGACACAGUUUAUCUGGCCCAUUAGCUCGUUUCUGUUAAUAAGGAGCUUGCAGUGCAAAGUCGUCUGCAAUGAACUCUCCAAAACUACUACGUUGCGCUUUAAAGUAAAUUAAAGCUGGAACUCAUCCUAUUGGAAUCUUUUGGGAGUUGACGGUCGAGAAUCGACUGCACCCACAUUAUGCGUUCGGAUGUACCCUCCCCGUUGCUCUGUUUCUCCUCCGUCUCCCCCUCCCCUGACACACGAGGACACACCAUUUUAUGAUUGGCCCACUGUCGCAGUUUUAAUUUGCAUUCUGCAGUCCGAUUGGUUGGAGGCCUGUGAUUGAUAUUUCCUGCGGACCACCCUGGAAUGCUCCAGCAGCCGGCAGCCAGUGGAGUGUGUGGCACGGGGUCGUUGUAACAGAAAUCGUGUAUUAAAAGGCAGCGCGGCAUUUGUGAGAAUACAGACGCUAACCCUUUAAAAGAUGUAAUAGUUUUGAAUAAAAGACAAUAACUUUGGAAGAAGAAAAGCAUAUAAGGUUUGCAGCAGUGGACAGAAGUUUGGUGAGGGGAGUUAAAGGGUCUGCGACUUGCACAGAAGGCGGAGUCACAGUUUCUGUCUAUUUGGUAAAAAGAAGAGAAAGGGCUCUACAGAUGACAAGUGAACGUUUUCUUCAAUCGUCCUCUCACGGGUGACCGGACGGUGAAGUUUGGAGAAGUUCGCUGAUUAUUUAAGCAAAGCGGACAGCUGGGUCCUGUUUCACAGCUGAUCUCCUUCCAGCACGGUGCGCCGUGUCGCAGUCCUGGAACGCGCACUGUGCUUUAUGUCUUGAAGAAGAGUUGGAUAGCACCCCAUCCGAAUUGACUUGGCUUGGACUUGUGCGGGCAGUUCCAAACUGCGCGCCUCGUACAAUGGCGGGAUUGUACAACUCCACACUGAAGACGCUGGAAGACCUGACUCUGGACUCGGGGUAUGGGGCAGGGGAUUCGUGCAGAUCUCUCAGUCUCUCUUCCAGAUCGAACUCUCAACCCUUCCAAGCAGCACACAACAGAGGGAACUGGCGGUAUCUCUCUGGUUCCAUGAAUAGCCGCAAUAACAGCUGGGAUACGGUCAACACGGUCCUGCCGGAGGACCCGGAGAUUAACGAUAUCUUCUUCAAAUGCCCCCGGCUCCCGGAACUGGAGGAGUUCCCAUGGACCGACGAGGACAUUGGGCAAAUUCUGAAGAAAGGGAGACCCGGGGAGUGUGGAAAGCUCUUCUCCCAGGAUGCAGUAAGGAGACUGUCAUUCUUACUGAGGAGAGCUCUGAUCAGGAUCUCCAGGGAGGCGCAGCGGCUGAGUGUCGUGCACUGCAAAUGCACCAAGUUCGAGGUGCAGAGCGCCAUCAGGCUCGUCCUGUCCUGGUCCUUGUCCGAAAGCUGUAUCUCUGCUUCAGUAAAAGCUCUGUCCCUCUACAACAUGAGUGCUGGAGAUAGGCUGAGGAAAAGCAAGAGCUCCAGGUGUGGCCUUACGUUCUCGGUGGGGCACUUCUUUAGAUGGAUGGUGGACACCAGAGUUUCUGUUCGCAUCCAUGAGUAUGCUGCAAUCUCUUUGGCUGCCUGCAUGGAGAGUCUGCUGGAGGAGAUUGGGAUCAGAGUAGCAGCGGGGCAUGGCUCCGAAGGAGGAAGUGGAGGCCUACAUGACGGCAGGCAGGAGCUGUCAGCAGAAAUGCUGGAGAUGUGUAUCAACAAUGACGCUGAGCUCUGGGGAGUCCUGCAGCCGUACGAACAUCUUAUCUGUGGCAAGAACGCUAAUGGGGUGCUCUCCCUGCCGGCCCACUUCAGCUUGUACAACAAUGGACCGUCGGCCAAGGAUGGGCGGGUGGAUGCUUACGCUCAGCUGGAACUCCGGACCCUGGAGCAGUCACUACUGGCAACGUGCGUCGGGAGCAUUUCAGAGCUGAGUGACCUCGUGUCCCGAGCCAUGCACCACCUGCAGUGCUCAAACACCCUAUCUCCGGGGAUGAGUCCCUGUCGCCAUGGUAGGCAGCAGCCUGUCUCCUGGUCUCCUGACGCCCUACACACGCUCUACUAUUUCCUGAGGUGUCCGCAGAUGGAAUCGAUGGAGAAUCCUAACCUGGACCCACCUAGAGUUUCCUUAAAUAAUGAAAGGCCGUUCAUGUUGCUGCCUCCAUUGAUGGAGUGGAUGAGAGUGGCCAUCACGCACGCCGAACAUCGGCGCAGUCUAACCGUCGACAGUGAUGAUGUGAGACAGACAGCUCGUUUGCUGCUACCAGGGCUGGACUGUGAGCCACGGCAACUGAAAACCGAGGACUGUUUCAGCUCAUUUCGUAGACUGGAUGCAAAAGCUGCCACAGCCAAGUUCCAGCAAGACCUUGGAUUUCGCAUGUUGAGCUGUGGCAGAACAGAUUUGGUGAAUCAGGCCAUAGAGCUCUUAGGAAUUGACGGUGUCAACACCAUGGAUAACCAGGGGAUGACGCCGCUUAUGUAUGCCUGCGCUGCAGGGGACGAAGCCAUGGUCCAGAUGUUAAUCGACGCUGCUGCAAAUUUGGAUCUUUCACUUCCUGGCAAUACUCAGAAAUAUCCUUCGGUGCAUCCGGACAGCAGGCACUGGACAGCUCUCACGUUUGCUGUACUCCAUGGGCAUAUCCCCGUCGUUCAGCUGCUGCUUGAUGCUGGAGCAAAUGUGGAAGGUGCCCUCAUUAAUUCCGGGGAAGAUAAUCUUGCCGAGACGCCACUUCAACUGGCUUCAGCAGCAGGAAACUACGAGCUGGUUAGCUUGUUGCUGAGUAGAGGUGCAGACCCUUUACUGAAUGUAUUCGACACAAAUGGGAUGACAUCGGUGCUGCACGAGAACAUGAACUGCUUUAGCCAUGCAGCUGCCCAUGGACACAGGAAUGUGCUGCGCAAGUUGCUUACACCACCCCAGGCCCCGAAAACUGAUGUCCUUUCGCUGGAGGAAAUUUUAGCAGAGGGAGUGGAAAGUGAUAUCUCAAACACUGGAAGUAUAAAUGAAGGACAAGUAAAACUUUGCAAAGCCAGAAUGAAGGCUUUACAAGAAGCUAUGUACUACAGUGCUGAACAUGGCUACCUUGAUGUCACCAUGGAGCUGAGGAACCUCGGUGUCCCCUGGAAACUACAUAUGUGGAUAGAAUCUCUCAGGACCUCAUACCAUCAGAGCAGAUAUCCUGUGAUGCAGUAUGUGUUACGGGAAUUCAUUACGAUCAAAGAGGAGGACUACAAUGAGGAGCUGAUUCAAGAGGGACUUCCACUGAUGUUUGACAUUCUUAGGGUUAGCAAGAAUGAUGCCGUUAAUCAACAGAUAGCUUCAAUCUUCAUUCACUGUUAUGGCAAUGGUCCUAUUCCUGGUAUACCCGAGAUAAAGAGAAACCCACCUGCUCGUUUAGAUCCUCGUUUUCUGAACAAUAAGGACAUGUCAGAUUUAACAUUCUUGGUAGAAGGAAAGCCAUUUUAUGCACAUAAAGUUCUCCUAAUUACUGCCUCAAACAGGUUUAAAAUGCUGCUGACUAGUAAGACAUCUCUGGAGAACCCACCUUGCAAGUGUAUAGAGAUCAGCGAAGUUAAAUAUCACAUUUUCCAGCUGAUGAUGCAGUAUUUAUAUUACGGUGAUACUGACUCAAUAACUUUACCCAUUUCUGAUGUGCUGGAGCUACUAUCUGCGGCAAGCCUGUUCGAACUGGAAGCAUUGCAGAGGCAUUGCGAGAUCAUCUGCACCAAAAUUAUGAACUUAGAGAAUGCAGUCAUCAUUUAUUGCUAUGCUAAGAUACACAAUGCAUACGAGCUACUUUCUUACACUGAGAGCUAUUUCCUGAAAAACUUCAGUGCACUUCUUGAUCAAGAGUCUUUCAGACAGCUGAUUUAUGGACGCAAUAGCAAACUGCAGGGCCCAGACCCUCUUCAGGCCCUGGAUAUAGCAUUAGCCAAUAGAAUGCGGUCAAUCUACAUCACAUCGAGAGUAUAAAAAACCUGCCCUUCAAUAAACUGGAAAAGCAUUAUGUACAUUGAAAGAUAUUUUACAUGGUCUAAUCCUGACUGCAGCUUUCUGAGUCAGUUCUUUGGCAAUGUGAAGAACUACCAAAAGAGGUAAAUGUGAUACACUAAAGUGAACUCUGAAUUAAUAAUUACCAACAUUUUCUUGAUUUUGUUGUGGGUAAUCUUAAUUUUUAUUCACACUGAACCUCUCUAAAACCUCAGAUGCAUUGAAGAAAUGGUGUCAGUUUUUUCGCCUAAACUGAAAAGAAACAGAUCAAAAUAGAUUUACCAAAUCUGACCGAAAUAUUAUUUUAUAUACAUGCCUUUCCUUGGGUUCAAAUAAGGAUAAAGCAAGAUAGAGUCAGAAAGAAAUCUCAAACUUCUUAUACAUUGCAAGCUCAGUGCACAGAACUACAGGCAUUUUAUUUUCAGGUUGUAAUUAAAAGAUUGUAGUCAAUGUCGUUUCUAUUAGUUCGGGUAAUUAAUCCUUAGUUUGCAUAAUAUGUAUACGCAAUUCAUGGACCAGUAAUGGAGAGACCAAAAAUAACAUUUCUAGAUGAAAAGUGAAAACUUCACGAAGAUGAUUGAAAUUAAUCUGUGCACAUUUUUGGGAUGCAUCGUUGACACUUGUCAAUUUUCCUCAAUAUUGUAAGAUAAAACAUGUCAAUAAACAGAUUAAUGGCUUUGUUAUAAUAAGAGUCUUACGCAAAGGUAUUAAUCAGUUUGUUAAAAAUAAUGAGGAAUCUCAGUUUCUAACUCUAUUCCAGCUAAGAUCUUACGUGAGAUUUUCUGGGUUUUAUCUGAAAUCAUUCAUUAAAGGCAGUCUUAUCAAUGUAUUCCUUAAAGUCUAUAGUUUUACUAGAAGGCAUUAAGAUCUUUUGACCUGUAAAGCCCAUACGAAGGUUAUUUGAGUCCAUGAUGGACUAAUAAAAAUCAAUGAUAAUAAUAUGUACAGAUUAGUGACAGCACAUUAGUUUAGUUUUGCACUAGUUUAGGAUAACAGCGGGUUUAGCUAAUGCAGUCUCCGGUCUAAAUACAAGUAACAAAUGCUUUGAAGAACAUUGAUAAUAAACUCCGCCUGAAAUAUAAUCAGUUCUUGAAAUAAAGAUAGCAUAAAGGUGCGUAUAAAUAAAACUGAUUUUUAGGAAGCAGAUUUAAAACAGUUUCUAUAUUGCCAUUGAAUGCAGUAUUAAAUAUUAGCUAAAUAGCUUUUAGUAUACUGCAAGUUUCUUAGGUAGGCUGUGCAAUAAUGAAAGCAAAACCAUUUGUAAAUACCAACGUAAAAGGUACUUCCUAAAUUGUACUGAAGGAUUACUGUUAAAUUCAAUGGCAGCUUCAGACAUUAGGGCACAUUAAAAGGCAUAAUGAAACAAUAAAUAUUCCAAAAUCAAAAUACUGUAAUUCAGACAGGUGUGUGUGCAGUUUAAUUACAGAAUGAAUAAUUGAAACAGUUGUGUUCUUCACUAUCUUCAUUAACAUAUUGGUUUUAACAAAGUUAAACACCCAACGGUAUUUCACGUGGGUGACUGUUGUAACAAGAGACAGGGAACAAAAAGCUUGUUUAAAGCAUUACUUCAGGAUUGUCCAUGAAACAAAGGUGGAAAGUUCUAGAGACUUCAGAAUUUGGAACUAUGAAGCAGAACAAUGCAAAACAAAGUUGUUUUGAGUCAAGCAGAGAAGGAAAUCAAAUUGAAUUGCAGUUAUUACAGUAGGUCACUGGGUGACAAUGGUUCGUGUUUUUUUUAAUUGGGAAGUUAAUUAUUUACUUAGUUUAAUGUAGAAGUGAUUAAAAUAUCCAACUGAAAACUGCCUAAAUUUUUGUCGGGGUGGGGGAGGGUGGCAGUGGGAGUGUACAAUACCCCUGAAUGAAAAUAUUAAUUUCCGACUCAAUUCUGAGAAAGUAGUACCAAGGCUGGUACACUGGUGUUUUUGUACUGUUGACAAAAUCUUUAAAAUAAAAACUGGAGAAACAAUUUUGCUUUGUUGAUAUGCUUAAGAACAAAUUUAAAUUUGCACUUUGGUCUUUAUUUCCCCAUAGAUCAGUAAGAUUUCUCACAAGAGUCUAUUUAUCCAUAGAUACACCUAAAACAGUAAAAAUGGUUAAAUCUGAACUCUUGCUCAAAAGUGCCAUCUUCUCUACAUUUUCUUUAAUAAACCAAAGGAGAUCCAUUUGAA